GUAUUAUUCCAAUGGUGGCCACACAAUUUCUAUACGCGACGCGACGAGGAAGGCAAUUUUCAAGAAGUUGAAAAGCCCAUAAUAUAGUGCAAAAUAGUAAAUAAAUAUAAGUGCAACGUGUAAAUAUAUUGUUAAUUGCGACUGAUUCGAGAUUGGAAAGUGGAAAGUACGUGAAUAAGGCUAGAAAAGAAAACGAAAAAAAACGUGAGACUGUGUGUGUGUAAAGAGUUCUCCGUCUCCUUCCCACAAAAGUGGAGCGCACUCAAUUAUUUUGUGGAUGGAGUGGUACAACAACAACCACAAUAAAAACGACGAAGCAACAAAAAAAUCAACAGAAAUAGCAAUAGAAACAACAAACGCAAAUGCAAAAAAAGUUAAGGAAAAGAGAACGAAAAGCGAGAGAACAAUAGCGAAAGCAUUAGUAUGUAAUGCAAUCGAUAUAUUAUUUAGAGUACAAGUACAGCAAUUGCAUUGGAAAUUAAAAUUUGUGCGACAAAAGCGAACGAUUGCAGAAAUUUUCGAAACUUGGCAGCCAUAUUUACUACAAAAACAACGCCGUUGUAAAAAUACGUGACAAAACGCUUACUCACACACACACGAAAACCCAAACAUAAACACAUAGUCGUACACCCACAUACACACUCUCGCACGCAUACAUCAGCGUACUGACAAAAAAGAGAGGACGAAGAAAAGAGAGAACGAGAGACGCGAAUGUGAUUUAACAAACAAACAAAAAUAUUUUGCGAAAAAGACAAACACGAAAUAAAGAAAACCAAUAAAGUGAAUUACAUAAACAAACAGCGUAUAUAUCGAAUUAUAUUAUGGAAAUUGCACCACUGAUCAAUAACGCCGUCGCUGCCGUCACAGCCUCUGCCACCAUCGCUGACUCCUCCCGUGCCUCUUCCUCGGCCAGCUAUAAAGUCAGGCGCGUCAAAAGCACGGAAAAAGAUGUUAUAGAUUUCGACAAGCUGGAUCUGCUCGGUUCGCUGAUGUUACAAACAGUGCUAAAUAUCAACAAUAACAAUAACAACCAUAGCAAUAACAAAAACCACAGCAGCAGCAGCAGCGAUAUCAAACCGCUCGAGCAACAAAAACAAGAGCAACCACAACGACGAAACCUCGAUAUUAAGAGCGAGAAUGAUGUAUUAAACCAAUUGCUUAAAAAUGGAGCUGUUUUCACCAAAACCGUCACGCCCACAGCGCCCAUUGCCAUCGAGAGGAAGAAGCAGACGCAGCAACAUCAAUAUGCACAACAACAACAACAGCAACAGCAAUGUGGCACACAGAAGCAACGCCUCAACUCAUCCAUAUCAUCGACCCACUCAUCAACAUCAACGAAUUCCUCCUACGGCAGCUCAUCUUCGGAGGAUGCUCCAGGCACAUCUUCAACAUUGGCAAAAUCGGCAUCUGCUACAUUAGUAGCACCAAGAACAAACACCACAAAGGCGUCCAGCAUUAAAUUGCCAGAGAAAUCGAAAAUUCCGUCCGAUAUACUUGAUGAUCUGGCCAGUCGGUUUAUAAUCAAUGUACCGGACAUGGAGCUAAAUAAUCUAAUACGAAUGUGUUUCCAAAUCGAGUUGGCCCACUGGUUCUAUUUGGAUUUCUUUUGUGCCCCCGAAACUGGCGAGGAUGGUGAGACCCCGAAGUGUGUCCAGCGAAAGCUUCCAACAGUGGGCAUCAAGCAAUUUGCCAUGCAAUUGUUCCAACACAUUCCCUUUCUGAACAAACACUUUGGCACCGUUGAUGAAAUCCUGGACGAUUGGAAGAACUAUAAGCUCUCGGUGCCCACAUAUGGAGCUAUUCUGGUGUCAGAGGAUAAUAAUCAUUGCUUGCUAGUGCAGUCUUACUUCGCCCGCAACUCCUGGGGAUUUCCCAAGGGAAAGAUCAACGAGAACGAGGAUCCAGCUCAUUGCGCCACGAGAGAGGUUUAUGAAGAGACCGGGUUUGAUAUCACGGACACCAUUGAUGCCAACGACUACAUUGAGGCUUUCAUCAACUAUCAGUACACGCGGCUGUACGUGGUGCGAAACAUACCGAUGGAUACACAGUUCGCACCCCGCACCCGCAACGAGAUCAAGUGUUGCGAUUGGUUUCGCAUCGAUGCGUUGCCGGUGAACAAGAACGAUGCCAUAUCGAAGGCCAAGUUGGGCAAGAACUCCAACUCCUUCUUCAUGAUCAUACCGUUUGUUAAGCGUUUGAAGAAAUGGGUGAAUGAUAGGAAGGCUGGUAUUGAACCUCGUCGCCGCAAAUGCUCUGGCCAGCAAUCGCCGAAAGCGGCCUCGCCGACAAAUUUUAACGGGAAUUGCAAGAAGGAUGCCGCUGCAGGAGUUCGAAAUGAGUCACGUCGCCAGAGACACAAGUCCAUGGGGGAUUUGGAUGGUGUCAAGCUGAAUAAUCUCAAUGGCAAGGUGCCUGCUGCUGGACAGGGAGUGGGACUAGCAGCUCCCGCAUCCGCCACCGCUGCCAUCAAUUCGAUGAACAUCUGCAAUAGCAAUGGGAAACGCAAUAAACAAAACGCAGCUGCGGGCAGCAAUCAGACAACACCACUAACAACAGUAACAGCAGUGGCAUCGUCAAACGGAGCCGUUGGAGGCGGCACAAUAUCCUCAAAGCGUCAGCUUUUCCAUAGCCAAAGUCAGAACGAUGCACAGCAAUCGGCAAGUAAUGAUAAGCAGAUUGUCAGCUCCUUUGAUUUAAUACGCAAGGAGAAGCAGCAACAACUUAAGGCAGCUAAGGCGCAGAAGCAACAGCAACAACAGCAGCAACAGCGUAUGCGCACCAAGUCUCAGAGUGAUAAGCAGUUUAAUCCACAGCACCCAGUCAAGAUCCUGGGACAACAACAGCCCACAACGGGCAUGGAUUUGAUAGCCAUGCUAUCGGCAGCGGCAGCAGCUCAAAAGUCACCAAAGAACGAGCAGCAACCACAGCAGCAGCAGCAGCAACAACAACGACCACGACCAGCUUCGGUGUCGCUUAACUUUGGAGCAGGCAGUGACGUAGGAGGAGCAACAUUAUCAGCUCCCGAUGCUCAGGAUAUGCACAAGCUGCAGCGCAUGGCUUCGGGCACAAAUUUGAGGAUUCUGAAGCGAGCACAAUCGCAGCAACCACAGCAGCAGUUGCAAAAUCAACAACAACAACAACAGCAGCAGCAGCUGGGCGUUGACUUUACGCCAAAUUUUAAUUCGUGGACGAAUUUCUCUUUUACCAAGAACUUCAUAGCAAAUGUGUUUUGCUAAACUUUUCUUUCGAGUCAAAAACUUUCUUUCGAAAUUCUCAAUUGAUGCAUUUCCCAGCAAAAGACCAAGUUACCGGGAACACCGAAUAGUAUGACAAGCAAACUCUGUGGAGUUUAUCAACUCGCGCUAAGGGGAACAAAAACUUUGGAGACUUGCAGGAAUAUGAAAGCAUGCCAAUUGCAUUUAACAAGUUCAUUUGUUAUAAAACUAACACUACAACUACCAACAUUUAGACAACUAAUCAUGUCUAGUCCUAGGCUUUGGAGACUAUGUAUACGAGUAAAGUUUCCCGAUCUCUAAACUGGAGAUUCAACUUUUCCACACAACAAAUAUUCUACGUUAGGGAACUGCUAGCACACUCAAACUCAAAAAUUGAAUGCGAUCAAUUGUAUAAGACAUUUUUAAUACAAAAGAAAAACGAACAAGAUUUUCAUACCAAAAAAAAAGAAGAAGAAAAGAAAAGAAACAAAAACGAGAGUCUUCCGCUCAGCACAUGUAAAGUAAUAUUUUGUAAAAAAAACACUACAAUCGCUGUUCGACUUUAAGAUCCAACAACAGAUGAUAACGAACAGAUUGAGCAGUAUAAUUAUGUUAGAAUCCUGCCUGUAUAAGCUAAAAAGUGUUUAUUGUGAGCCAAGUUAACCAAGCCUACUUCGAGCCGAGUGCUCGCCGUUUGAACGUAUUUUUAGAGAAAACCAACAAACUAAAUCUAACUUAACUAAAGCGUAGCUUUAACACGCCCCGAGUGCAGAUUGUUGUGCUCAAAUUUCAAAGUCCAUCGUUGACUUUUUGCCAAGAAAAUAAAAACAACAAGGGCGAGAAUAAAAUGAUAAAAAAAUAAAGUUUCUGGGCCGUAUUACUUACUGCCCGCCCCCACCUAAGAAUGAUAGAGGAGAAAUAUAGAGAGAGAGAUGUGUAAGAAAGAAUACAAAUAAUAACAAUGUAAAUAAUUAAAUUGUGAUAUAGUAUUUCUUAGCACAAUUGUGAUCUUAACAAACGGCUGGCAAACUACAAAAACUUUUAUAAGCGAAUCACAACACCAUUUUAAUCAAUCAAAAAAUGCCCCGAACUCGAACCGUUCAAAAUUAAAAACCCACUUUCCCACAAUCAGGGUCAAUAUCAGGCAUAUCUCAGCAGCAAAAUGUUUGGUCAAAUGUGAUUUUUUUGACAACUUGGGAAUGCGAAGCUAAAUAUGAGUAAAACAAAACAUUUAACGAAUUUAAAUUAGUUUAAAAUUGAAGGCUUGAAAAAUGUCUUCAAUCAUGAUAAAAAUUUGUAUGAUAUACACGAAGAAAAAGGUUAAACAGAAUUUGAGCGAUUUGUAAUUUUACGAAAAACCAGAAGAGGAGUAUAUUUUUGUGAGCCACACUAGUGCAUAAGACAGGAAGGAAAGAAAAGAGAAGCCUUUUAAGAAAUGUUAAGUCUUUUGAUAACUACGCGUAGAGUUCGUUAAGGUUUUCUACCAGCCAAGUUUCCUAUAAUUCGUAAGCAUGUCUACUACACAGCAUGUUGACCAAUUUUCUCCAUCAAGCAUAGUCUCCAAUGUGUGCAACAGUUGCCUAUUAGCGUUUAUCUUUAGACUAAGCAAUGAUCAGCAAUGUCUCCAAAGUCGUAAUCUCAGAGUCUAUCACUUAACAGCAACCGAAAAUCAAAAGUAAGUUCCCUGUAACUCGGUCUUUUGUGUACAAUUCGAAACUAGUUCUUUAGUCAUAACAACCAAAAAUCAGAAAAAAUUUGCAUUUGCUUUAAAUCUUUUACCAUUGACUUUUAAAGCUUUUUGAAAAGCCAUAUUAAUUUUUACUUUAUAUGUUUACAUAUUGAGCUGCAAAUUUGUUUUAAACAUUUCUCUUUUAAUUUGGAUUUGGAUUAUAUUUCCUUUUUUAUUAAACAAAAACCUAUAGUUUAAACUUUUAUUUCAUGGAAACAGUACAAAAUCCGUUUCCAACCGCCUUAGACAAAUGGCCAAUUAAAUUGGUAAUAACUUGGAUCUAUUUUGAUUCGUUGCCUUCUUUCUUUCCUUUUAAAAUCAACUUAAUUUCUUUGGACAUUUGUCUGGGCCAAUCAACAAACAAACAAACAAACAUCAAACUUAUCUAGCAAGCAAUGAAUAUCAAAUUACAAAACAAGAAGAACAUUGUUUAAACAGCUUGAAAAACUACAAGAAAAUCGAGAAUUAAAUAUUAUUAAAUUUUGUUGAAAAAAAAAGAAUCACACACAAAAUCAAAGUGAAACAUUUUAAUUGUAAAACUGAAUCCAAUCAAACCGCGACUCAUUUUCAUAAACUGCAAUACUGUUUAAAAUUUUAGUUUACUUUCAUUUUUGUGCAGAACCAUAGACAUAGCAUUAAAUAUCUUUAGUGAAGGGCCCAUGGAACUACAACCAACAACAUUAAGUUAAUUUAAGUGAACGUUGGAUGCGCGAAGACUUGAUAUAUUGAAAUCUUGCCAACACCUGAAAGUCAUCACCGCCCGACGAUCCGAGUGAUCCGAAUACUCGCUCCGAGCUAAAUCUGCUAUGCAUUUUAACCAUUGUAACCAAAAACAAAUCUGUAAACACGUCCAAAACAAAAAUGUUGGGUCGUGAUUACACCAGAAUAGAUUUCCUGAAAAGAUAAUGGAACCAAAACGAAAUUCGAUCUGAACAAUUGAACAAUCCAAAUUAUUAAGUUGAGUGUAAUUCUAUUCUAGUGUAAGAACUGCCUUCAAAAGCAUACGAUAUCAAAAAUACAAUUUGUAGAAUUUAAUGCCAAAACAACCAAAAACGAAAAACAAAGUUAACUUUCCAAUCAAGAACAAUUGUAACGUAAAAAGAUCAUUAAGUAACUAAUUUGUGGCAAUAUAUAUUUCUAUUUUUUCCCUAAAAUUCCGGCAAUAAAUUGAUGUACCAAGUUUUAAAAA